AUGAGCCGAUGGCGUCGUUCAGUUGACGAGCUUGCAGCGCGUCGCAGGCAGCAGAGCGAGUGUGAACGUGCCCAGGAGGCUCUUAGCCGGGUCACAUCUUGUUUCCAGCAGCUGGCGGCAUCACUCGGCAGCUCCGCAGACUGCAGCUUCCUACGAGACGAAAUGGAUGAGACAAGAGCACUCGCACACCGAAUCUGUAGUGGUAUGAGGACCAUCACCUGUCAUUCUGUCUCUCACCUUUCAAUACUCUUCCAGGUCCAUUUCCAACUUGUAUGUCCCCUGUCCAGUUUUUGAGUCUCUGGCUGUCUGUGGGUCAAACUGUCUCUAACCUGUAUAUUAAUCUGUCGGCCAGUUUGUCUGUCUUACAUCUCUGUCUGUCACUGAGUUUGACUGUGUGUCUCUCACCUGCCAGUCUUUCUGUUGGUCUAAUGUUAUGAUUCUCUUGUACUCAUGUUCUCUUGAUUCACUUGUAUUUCUGCAGGUCUGUCCAGGCGUCUUGUUCGUCUUCUGUCAGAUUGUGACUCAGCCUCCUCAGGUGUUGAGGACAGGCAAGUGUCAGAACGGUUGUGGGUUCUUUUCCUGUCGGCAUUGGAGAACUUUCUGUCUGAUCUCCGUAAGGCCUACGAUCUGAUUGGACAGUUCCCCCUGACACAGCGCUUGGAUAGGCGUUCACUGGUUAACUCAGGUAGGUUGACGACUUUGCCCUUACGUCUGUCAAAGUUCUGUGGUUGGCUGGGGCAUGUAUCACAUAUCUAGUUAAAUUCCCUGCUGUCCUUAUCUUAUCUGCUGCUGAAUUGCUGCCAGUAUUAGAACAUCCAAACAUGUUUUUAGAAACAUUUUAUCAUGCCAUCACGAUCACCUAUUUGUGUGUCUUUUCAGGCUGUAUUGAUGGUGUAGUAGGUGUGGCAGCUCGAGUGGCUUCUGUCCAGGUACCAUGGCUCACCUUGGAAGAGGAGGUGGUCCCUGAUUUGACCAAUCACAUUGCGAGUCUGGAGGCGAUGCUGAGUGAGAUGCAGCUCAGGGUGAGGAAGAACCUCUGAGGUGGAAUGAUUCUUUUAUCAAACAAACAGAACAUGACACCUUAACCCAGCAUAUGAAGGUAGAACCAAGCCUCUUCCCUGCUCAGUGUCUUGUAGAGCCUGGUGCUUCUUGAAGGACAUAGGAGCAGGCAAGAUACUUUUUUGUUGGCAUAUUGUGACUUGGUUGGAGGUGGAAAUGAGACACUUGUACCUGCAUGGCGAGCCAGAGAGAGCUUACUGUACCUAAGGGUCUUGUACUUAAAAACAUCCAUACAAAUUGGUGGCAGUUCCUUGUAACCAAAGGGUAGUUCUAAUGGUUUGGUGGGGGGCCUUGUACCUUUGGGCAUCUAUCAUAUCUUUGAGGCUUUACUGUGUCUGUAAGAAGUAUCUGGCAAUUGGGAGUGUGGCUUUGAUAACAGUCCGAAGUGAUGCACCAAGCAGCAGUUUCCUGUUUCUUUGGGGUGUCUGUGAAAAAAAAUUAGCUGGCAAAUGUAUUUCCUUGAAGCAGGAUAUCACUUGUAGAUAGUGUCUUGUGUUAAGGUGGUACCUUGAGGCAAGUCUGGUUCCUUGGUUACUGUCCUAUACUUGGAGACAUUCUCUUGUAACUGAGAUUGUUUUGAAAUGACGGGAGCAGGCCUAGUUUCUGAAGUUGUCUAGCAGGAGGGAUGAUCUUGUGCUUUUAGGCAUCAAUGGUUCUUUGGAGAAUGCCCAGACAUUAGGAGUGGUGUCAUGUAACUAGGUAUAUGUCCUUUACGUAAACCAAAGGUAUGUCCUGUACCAAAAUGUGCCUGCUGUUCCUUGGGUAGUGUCUUUUGGAAAAGAUACAAAUUUGUAGGCACAUUUGUUACCUGUGGAUAGCAUCUUGCAAAUGGUGGAAGGGCAUUUUACUGUAAAGAACAUCUUGUACCUAGGGAUGUAUCCUGAUCUUGUACCCUGAUGUCAUGUAGCAUGGAGCACCUUAUGUACGUCUGUGCACCUAUCUCUUUCUGCAUCUCCCUCUAUCCCCUCUCUUAACCCAAUGCAGUAGCAGCAGAUGACCAUCUUCCAUGGGUCUGGUUGUGCUCAAGGUUUCAGCCUGUUAAAAGGAAAUUUUUCCUCUCAUCAGUAGUUUGCUCAAUGCUGCAAAGUGUUACACUCAUGUGGGUGAAGAUGGCAUGGGAGUGGGUCUUACCUUACAAGUGGGGCUCAAUUCUAUCUUAUCUUUACAUUGGGUCUUUGAGUCUUGAAGUAUGGUGUAGACCUUUUUUUUUCAUGAAGUGUGAAUUGCCACGGCAUAAAUAAAGACUGAUUGAUUGGCUGAUUAAUAGCUGGCCAAAGAUCUCAUAUCCAAGGGCAGGCUUCAAACAUGGUUGCAAGCGUGGUACUUAAGGCUCGUACCUUCAACCUAGGGACAGUGUCUAUUAAUAUUUUAAGAGCAUGCCUGGGAAACGGGAGCUCUUAUUGUGCCCCAGGAACAGUGUCUUGUACUUGGAAACAUGAAAUUAAGCUGGUUCUGGUGUUUUGUAAUAAGAGAGAUGUAGUUUUAUGGGCAUCCCUGUGUCUUUAGAUAAAGUCAUGUGACCACAUGACUCAUGCCACCUAGGUCAUGUGGUCCCAGGUGUGAACGUUUGUGGAGCUUCCUGGGGAGAGAGCUGAGAACUGCAUUGUAACAAUUUUAGAACUGAAGAAGCUUCUUGGAUAAGAGGCGAAAUGUCUUCUCAACUCUACACAGUCCAGUUGCCUGUUUUUGAGUCUUCAAGAAAACAAUGACCUGGAUGAAUGAGAAUCUACAUGGACAACCAGUGGAAAGUGUCUUUUGAAUAAGGGAAGAUUAUUGUUCACCAAGGCAUGUUUUGGAAAUCCUGUCUGUUAACACAAGGGGGAUGCUUUUACCUGAAGGCAGGCCUCAAACACAGAACCUGGUGUGGGCAGAGUCUUGCUCACAUAGUGAUAUUGUCAGACUCUGAUGGUAAACCCUUCUGCGGCAGGGGAUGACGUGGCCCGGUGGAGCGCGGCUCAGCAGGGUGAAAAUCAACGUGGAUGCUCUUCAGUCUUCCUGUCUCCAGCCAUUCUCAAGUGGGUUGAGCAAAUCCAAAAUGGUGCAAACAAGGGGGGUGUUCUGAGACAGGCUGUUACCUGUGAAAGAGGGUGCUCCUAAAACACCCCCAUUAGCACUUGGUACGUUCCUUCUGAUGAAAUUAACCAUAGACCGUUAAUUGAUGCGGAAAAAGAUUGAGUCUACAAAUCGACCAAUAAGUCGACUGAGCGAAUAGGACUUCACAGCCCAAAUAAGUGGAGGUCUGUCUUGACUUAAGGUGAUUGUCCUUUAUCUUGAGGACAGUGUCCUAUAACUGGGGGUAAGCUUGUACUUCUCCAGUACCUUGGAGGAGGAAGGUAUGUAGGGUAAUUUCCCGGUAACCCUUUACUCUGGAAAGAGCUUUGUACCAUGGUGGAGAUAUCCUGCCAAGUGAUUGCAUCUUGAGAGAGCUUUUUCAAUCAGGGUGCAUGUUUCAAAUAUAGGAACAAACAUAGUACUCUGGGCAAGAGUCUUGUCAAUGCAAGCAGGGUCUUGCUAAAGUAGAGGGAGCUUUGUACAUGGAAGCAUGCCUGGUACCUGCAGCCAGUGUCUUGUAAGAGGAAGGUAUUGUACCCUGAAAAAGAAUCAGCUACUGGAGAUAACUCUCUACCUGUCCGCAUACCUGAAACCUGGGAGUAUGUCUUUUGCAUUUUAAAAAUUUCUUCCACCUGUUAUGAAAACCUUUCAGCAGGUUCAAGAACCUUGUAAUAGAAAAAUGUUAUCAGAGGUAGAGCCUUUUAACUGGCCACAUAGCCUUGUGCCUGGAGUCACAUCUGGUACCUGACAACAUCUCCUGACCCUCCGGCUGUUCUUUAACGGGGCAGAGCCUUGUAUGUGGAAGCACAGCCUGUACUCAGGAACUGAUAUUGUAUCAAAAGAAAUGGCCUUCAAGAAAAGGGUAAACUUGGACCUUAGGGAACAGCAGGUACUUGCAAAACAUGCAUUGACUGUGGGGCCACCAUGCAUCCAGAUACAUAAGUGGUUCCUAGAUACAUUUUUUUUUAAUCAAUUGAUAGAGUAUUUCCUUGUUGCUUUUAAUUUUUUUUUUCAUGUCCUCUAGGUUCCUGUUGCAUUCUGGUCUGUGGAGGCGACCCAGCCAGCUUGGGCAGAAGCUCACUGUGAACUUGGUGAGCCAGAUGACAGCCUGGAAGAGCUGAUGGAGGUUGAGGUGGUCUCUUACAACAAGAUGAUUGCCUGCUGCCAGCCACUAUGCUGUAGACUUGGCUGUAUUGGGUAA